UUUUGAGAAGUGAAGGUAGCAUGGUGUCGGCCAUGGAUGAUCAAAGCACAGUCCGACAAUGUGGACCAAUUUCUUCAAACUGCGACUUUUCUGCUAUCUGCUUGCAGUGCUGAUGGUGGUGGUGCUGGUCAUCAAUGUUGCUCAAGUAGAGUACUUGGAUCAUGAGACUGCUUCUGCUACGUUCAUCGACAGCAGUGGACAACUUCUUUCCUCCCAGGUGACAGGAGUUAGCCGGAAUCCCUACUGUGGCUAUGAGCACCAGACCCUGUCCAUCCGGGAGCGUGUGGAGGAGGACUCCUUGCUGGCGUCCUUACAGAGGCAGGUGCCUGACAUGGGCCCAGUCCCCUUUGUUAAGAGCACUGACCCUUCUUCCAGCUACUUUGUCAUCUUGAACUCUGCAGCCUUCUUCAAGGUGGGGAGCCAACUGGAGGUGAUGGUUCAUGUACAGGAUUUUCAAAGACAGCCCAAAAAGUAUGGUGGAGACUACCUGCAGGCCAGAAUCCACUCUCCCAGCCUGCAGGCAGGGGCUGUGGGCAGAGUGGUAGACUACCAGAAUGGGUUUUACAAGGUCUUUUUCAAUCUACUCUGGCCAGGCCAAGUUAAAGUGUCUGUGUCUCUUGUCCACCCCAGUGAAGGAAUCAAAGUUCUUCAGCACCUACAGCAGGAGAAACCAGACAGGGUCUAUUUUAAGAGUCUAUUCCGUUCAGGAAGAAUUUCUGAAACGACUGAGUGCAACCUUUGCCUCCCUGAGGGCCUGCCCCUAUGUAACUUCACAGAUCUUUACACUGGGGAACCCUGGUUCUGCUUCAAACCAAAGAAGCUCCCUUGCAGCAGCAGAAUUAACCAUUUCAAAGGUGGAUACCUGAAGGGCCUCCUAACUUCCACAGAGAGUGCUUUCUUUCAGAGUGGUGUCAAUAUCAAAAUGCCAAUCAACUCCAGUGGACCUGAUUGGGUGACUGUGGUUCCCAGGAGAAUGAAAGACACUGACAACCCAGAACUAUCUCAAGGCUUAGGAGCUUUUCCUUCCGGGUAUUAUUACAAAGACCAGUGGAGGCCUAGAAAGUUAAAGAUGCGCCAGUUUAACGAUCCUGACAAUGUUACAGAAUGCUUACAAAGGAAAGUAGUGCAUUUAUUUGGUGACUCAACAAUCCGACAAUGGUUUGAAUACCUCACUACAUUUGUUCCAGAUUUAGUGGAGUUUAACUUGGGUAGUCCCAAGAAUGUUGGUCCCUUUCUUGCAGUGGACCAGAAGCACAAUAUCCUGGUCAAAUACCGCUGCCAUGGUCCACCUAUUCGCUUUACAACUGUCUUCAGCAAUGAACUCCGCUAUGUGGCAAAUGAGCUGAACGGCAUCGUGGGAGGUAAGAACACAGUGGUUGCCAUAGCCAUAUGGUCUCACUUCAGCACCUUCCCCUUGGAAGUGUACAUCCGACGGCUCAGGAACAUUCGUCGAGCAGUUGUCCAGCUCCUGGAUCGAAGCCCUAAGACUGUGGUGGUCAUCCGGGCGGCCAAUGCCCAAGAGUUGGGGCCUGAGGUGAGCCUUUUCAACAGUGACUGGUACAACUUUCAGCUGGACACCAUUCUUCGGAGAAUGUUUUCAGGGGUUGGAGUAUAUCUCGUUGAUGCCUGGGAGAUGACACUGGCCCACUAUCUACCCCACAAGCUACAUCCAGAUCAGAUUAUUGUGAAGAACCAGCUAGACAUGUUUUUGUCCUUUGUGUGUCCCUUGGAGACCUAGCUUGUUCUAGCAGGGACUGGAUCAUAUCCAGUGACCUUCCCUUCACUUGCAUUAUAGGAAGUUCAUGAAGAGAUUGCUGUCGCUAAUGAAAAAAAAAAUUUAAAAAAUAACUGGACUUUGUGUAAUGAGUUACAAGGCAUUUAGAAACUGCAGGUUACGUUUAUACUCGUAUGUACCUAUAGGAUUCUUUCCAACCUUGACUUAGCCAUUGAACCAUUAUAAUCAGAAUCUACACACACUAUAUUGUUCUUGUAACCAAAGA